GAGAGAAAUGACUGCGUUUUGAGUCUUUCUCUUCCCAAACCUCUCUCUCAUCGAUCUUCCUUCUUCCUCGCCUUCCCUUUCUCUGUACUCGAUCUUGCUCUUCCUUCUUCUUGUCGUUGCUUUUUUAUUUCCUCAAAAAAAAAAAAUUAAAAAAUCUAGGCCUCGAAUUCCCGAGCUCCUUAUCUCUCUCUCUUUCCAUCACUCUCUCUCUCUCUCUCUCUUUCUUUUCUUUUUUCUUUUCUUUUUUCUUAAUGUUUUCCCACUUCCCUUAAAAUAAACAAAAGCUAAAAAAAAUAACAGUUAAGGUGUUUUUUUAAUUCGCUUAUUUUUAAUAUUUUCCUUGUUUUCUGUUUUCCUUUUGUUUCCCUUUGAUGUGUCUAUGGCUGGUUUGGAUUUAGGCACUGCUUCUCGUUACGUUCACCAGCUCCACAGGCCGGACUUUAAUCUCCAAAUACAACAGCAGCAGCAGCAGCAACAUCAUCAUCAACAACAAGAAGAUUCGGAGGACGACAACAACCACGGCGGCCAGUACUCCGGAGAGGAUGGCCCGCACCACGGGCUUGACCUCGUGAACACCGGCAACGCAGCCGGCCCAGGUGACAUCGGGGGUCGGCGCCCCCGCGGACGACCACCUGGGUCCAAGAACAAGCCGAAACCGCCGGUGAUAAUAACCAGAGAGAGCGCAAACACGCUGAGAGCUCAUAUUCUGGAGGUGGGGAAUGGGUGCGACGUGUUUGACUGUGUUGCCACCUAUGCUCGCCGUCGACAGCGCGGGAUCUGUAUUCUCAGUGGCAGUGGCACUGUCACCAAUGUCACCCUCAGGCAGCCGGCGGCGGCGGGGGCCAUAGUUACGCUCCACGGGAGGUUCGAGAUACUGUCGCUCUCGGGAUCUUUCCUGCCUCCGCCGGCUCCGCCUGGGGCGACAAGCUUGACCAUAUUUUUGGCUGGCGGGCAGGGGCAUGUGGUGGGAGGGAGUGUGGUGGGGGAAUUGAUUGCCGCAGGGCCGGUCAUCGUCAUCGCAGCGUCGUUUACUAACGUUGCAUACGAGAGGUUGCCGCUGGAGGAGGAAGAGCAGCUUCAGAUACAGCCUCCUGCGUCGCAGGGCUCGGGUGGUGGUGGAAGUGGCGGCGGUGGCGGUGGAGGAGGUAUUGGGAACAACCCGUUUUCAGACCCGUCUGCGGGUUUUCCUUUCUUGAAUAUGCCGCUCAAUAUGCCGCCGAAUGUUCAGUUGCCGGUUGAUGGGUGGGCAGGGAAUUCGGCGGCGCGUGGUCCGUUUUGAGGGCGUUUGAUGUAAUGUACUGAUGAUCUUUCAGAUAGGGCGAUUUAUGGGAUUUGUUGGAGGUUUUUGCAUUGGAUGGGAGAGGCUUCUGGGAUCGAUCGUUCAUAAAAAGGUCAGGAAAUUUCAUGGACUGUAUCAUCACCGCGGUCAUGUUUCUUCUUCUACUUCUGUACGUUGAUGUUGUAGCCACUACUCUUUCUUCUUCUUCUUCUUCUUCUACCACUUUCUUUUUGGAUUUUGGUCUCUUUGAUUUCUGGAAAUAUUAGUCUUCUGUGAUGCUGGAACUCUCUUACUUCUGCUAAUAUGAAAUGGUUUGAGGAUUCA